AUGCAAAAAAAUGUUUGGGCCAAAUUUGGGUUCUCAAGGCUUAUGAUGAAUUCUAAUGGCUUUUUCUUUUUUAAAUUUGAUUCGGCUGAGGGUAUGGCUAAAGUUCUUGAGGGGGGUCCUUGGUUAAUCCGGAAAAAUCCGUUGUUCCUUAAUGUUUGGUCACCUUCGGUGAUUCUUAGGAAGGAGGGGAUUAAAACAGUUCCUGUGUGGGUUAAGUUUCACAAUGUGCCAAUUGCCGUUUAUACAGAUGAUGGUUUGAGCCUUUUGGCGUCCAAGAUUGGGGUUCCUAAAAGAUUGGUUAGUUAUACUGCCGAUAUGUGCAUGGAGAACUGGGGUAGAACUAGUUUUGCUCGUGCCAUGAUUGAGGUGUCGGCUGAUAAUGAGUUAAAAGAUCAUAUAGUUGUUGCUAUUCCAAAGCUGGAUGAGGGGGGUUAUGUUACUGAAAAAGUUAAGGUUGAAUAUGAAUGGAAGCCCCAAAGGUGCUCGGAGUGCUAUUUGUUUGGUCAUUGUAAUGCUACAUGUCCAAAGGCCCCUAAUGUUAAAACUAAGCAGGUGACUGUGGAUGAUGAGGGUUUUGUGACAGAUACGAGGAAAACCGCGAAAUAUGGAUUUCCACAAAAGAAACCGAAAGCAAAGUUUAUCUAUAGACAAAAGGCUGAUCACUCUAAGCCGAGCUCCUCGGGGACGAAGCAUGAUGAUGGAGAAGGAAACAAGAACCAAGGUAGCGAUACAGCCAUUAAGAGCAAUCUGAAUUUAAGGAACUCUUUUUCAGCUCUUUCAAAUGAUCAGAGUUUAGAUGGUGAUGUGGGAAUGAGAGGCUCUUCUUCGGGUAAUUUGGAUACUUCUUAUAAAAAAGAUGAUGGGGUCAUGGAGCAACUUCAAACGGAAAUUUCAGAUUUUAUGAACGCUAAUACAAAUGGAAAACAUUCUGAGGGGGCAAGCACUCCCGGUCAAGUGGUUUUUAAUGGAUAG